AUGGCUGAAUUCGCUGGCUGUGUGGCAGUGUCGACUCGUGGAUUUCACAUUUUUCAUCAGUUUUCCGAAUCGCCGGUUCAGACUACCACGAUCCAAGAAAUGAGAGCAUUCUCAAGCCAGAAGCGAAAACAGGAAUCAAGCUUGGGAUUGGAAGAAUUAUCAUCUGAACAACUCAUCGAAAGAUUUGCCGACCGUCUUCGCCAUCAGCAGGAGGAGCUCUCUGAAUUAGUUCGACCACUCGAUCGACAGCUGAUUAAACUAAUCAGAUCCAGGUUACCUUCAAUUCGGAGGGAUGAUUUAGAUUCGCUCGUACAAAGACAACUCGGUGGAGACCGUACACUGGCGGACUUCCUAUCGAAUUAUUUGACGUAUAUCCUGCUGGUUCAGUUUGAAGAAGAACCAAGGGCUAUCAACCAUGCAUUCUCCAACUAUCAAACUCAAACUGAACCCAUGAUCGAUCAUGAUAAUAAUUUCAACCUCCUCCUGAACGCUUACAACCCGGCCUCCAACAUCUUCCGCCGCUCGGAUGCCGCUUUUUUCACACGGUCUAUCCAACAAUUGUCUCAUGGUUUGGUUCACUUUGCAACCAAGGCAGACCGAAAAAAGCGAUCUACUAAGAAGGAAAAGGCAAGCGAAGCGGCGCGUCAAAUGACCACUACCUUGGGCGUGGCUUGCAUCGACAGAACCCCCGAAGAACCUAGCAAACGACGGGCAGCUUUCAGUUUGGCGAACGGGCUAUUCAAAAUAUAUUUCUUCCUAAACAACAUGAGAUUAUGCGACACGGUUGUGAAGAAUAUAUCCAAUGUGCUCAACCAACUAGAAACUCAUUAUCCAAAGGCCGAACUGGUUACGUUUCAUUACUACCUGGGUCGAUUAGCUCUUUAUCAGAGGCGACUUCACAAAGCACGAGAAUCCCUGAAGAAAGCAUUUGAUCUCUGUCAAACGGACAGUUGGCGUAACAGGCGCUUGAUUUUGACAUACUUGAUCGUGGCUUCUUUACCGCUCGGGAUUCUUCCUCGCCCAGUAUUACUUGAGCAAUUUCAACUACAAUCCAAAUUCCACGAGGUUGUUGGAAGCCUGCGGACGGGCAACUGGCCAGGAGUAGUGAAUGGCCUCGAGAAAAAUCGAGAUUGGUUUCGUUACAAAGGAAUCUAUAUCCUGCUAAGAGAGAAGCUGGAAGUGAUAUGCUGGAGGAACUUCUUUGUAAUCACGGCUGGGCUAAAAAAUGGAAACUCAGGCAUGAGGUUAAGUUUAACACAGUCGGUUGAGGCCGCUAGGAAAGUCUUCUUGGAACCGUCGAUUGAUGAAGAUGAUAUUGUCUGCAUGGCCAGCAGCCUCAUUGAUCAAGGAUACUUGAAAGCAUACGUCAAGCUCGGAGAGAUGAUUGUUUUUGGCUCCGUUCUACCUCAAAUAUCGACUGUUGGGGAGCACAUGAACGAAGGUGGCACCGAGGCCCUUCCCGCAUUUUCGGAGAAGACUAUUUCGAUGAGCAUUCAACCCAGUAGCGAUAGCGAUGCUCCGAUCAAAUCAAAUCGGCACCCUUUCAGCAUUAGAGGCUCCAAAAAAAUCAACCAUACCAGGAGAUUUGCCUGA